UCUGACACUGACACUGACGUGGAACUGACAUCGGUUUCAACUGUUUCCAUUUGGCACAUUUGUGUUUUGUGCUAGUUUUUCACGCAUUUUGAGAUAUUUUGUCCAUAAUCGCCGUUUGAUUUAGCCUAAAUAAUUAUAAUAACAAUGGCCUUAUCAAUGUUUCUUCGUGCUCCAGUUUGCACAAACCAGGCCUUCAGCAAACAGAUAAUGCGGCUAGCAACAUUCUCAGCAACAAAUGGGAACUCAUUAACUGCACCAACACUUCCCAGUGUUGUCUCUCUCAAGAAUAUUCUCCUCAAAUCAGAAAUUACACCAAUAACCAAUUCGGUUCGGUCAUUCCGUACAUCAGCAGUGCGCAUGUCUGAUGAGAAGCCCCACGACCACGCCAAGCUGUGGAUCAUAGAGAAGGGUGUCAGUGCUCUGCUGGUCCCUCUCAUCCCGCUCGGCCUCCUUGUUCCCAACAAGCUAUUUGACUCUAUUCUAGCCAUCCUCAUCACAGCUCAUAGCUUUUGGGGUUUAGAGGCGAUCGCUGUUGACUACGUCCGCGCCAGUAUAUUCGGUCCCGUUAUACCCAAAAUUGCCAUCGGCCUGGUGUACCUGCUGUCCAUCGCGACCCUGGGCGGCCUCUUCUACGUCAUCAGCCACGACGUCGGCAUCGGCAACGCUGUCCGCCAGCUGUGGGCCGUCAAGUCAAACUCACACAAUGCCUGAAUCUUGUUACGACAAACUUAGAUGCUGGCACUAUUCAAACAAUUACUCCUGUUUGUUAAUUGUUAUUAUUUUUUUCACUUGUACUUAGCUCAUUUUUGUUUAGUAGUCCUGUCGUCCGACAUAUACUUAAUGUUUUAAACAACAUGAGAUGUUUCAAACAUCUUCAAUUGAUUUUAAAUUGUUUUGUGAUCGAAGAUCGUUAUUUACUUUUUACGGAAUACUCUGGUUGUUAUUGUUUUAUUAGUAUCAUUCCGAUUCGGAAAUAAAAUGUAGUAUUAUUAUGUAUAUUUGUACCGGCAUCUAAGAGUUCACUACAUGUUCACUAUUACACAGUAAAUAAAAUUAUAUUAUAAAUAUUAUUGCUUUUUAACAAAGACAUAAACAAUUUAGUUGUUUAAAUUUAGUUGCGUUCGAUAUUUUCAUCUCCUUUGAAUUUAUUUUCUAUUUAAUGUAAUGAUCAUUGAUAUGUAAGUUGGCUACUUGCAUAUAAACUGUUUGUUGUCCGCGUGUUCGUCUCCACACGAUGAUACAUUUCUGAAUAUUAUUAUAAAAUAAUUUAUUGAUAGAAUAAUAAACGUAUUAUAGUU